AUGCCUAAGCCCACCACCGUCAAGAUCACCGUCUGGUACUGCGUAACACAACUGCUCCUCUGGCCCGCUCAACUGCAAGAUCGAUGCCUACUGUCCCUACUGCUACCACCAGAAGUGCUCUGGGUGCACGACAACGACGAUCAGGACUCCGGCUGGUCGAUAAACAACGAGCCCUUUCUCGAUGGCACUCGCCAUAUCACGACCUGCCUGACAUGGCCAGGUCCCACACCCAUGACUGGCGCCUUGGACGACACGUCCUUCAACUUCAACGCCAGCAGUCGCAAUAGCGACUAA